AGGGAAAGUGCUGCGUUCAAGCUGGACGACACACUAAAGUUUAACGUACAAGUCCAGUUUUGUUCACAUUUUGUAUUGGGAAUUGCGUGGACGACGAGUGAAAGGUUUUAAAAGUCGUUGAGGUUUGAGAAGAGGAAGUAGUUAUGGCAAUGCAAAUGCGCGAUCGAGAGAGUGUAGGAAAGGUGUCUGAGUGGCAGUCAACAUAUUAUGCAACAGAUUCAGGAAUCCAAUCAGGGGCCACUACAGUGCGCACAGAUGAUGGCUCAAAUUUCCACAAGAAAUACACUCUUACCACCACAGGUAAAGAGAACCCUGCAGCCUUGGACUCUCAUUACACCAUGACCCGGGCCAACCGAGUGAGGGAGGCUAUGUUUCCUGAGACGAUGAUGGGAGAAACAACCCUUUUGUCCACACAGCUGGACCCAUCCCAGCUGACCAACGUGCAAAAGCUGGCUGAACCCUCUCAGCUCCUUAAGACAGCCAUCAUGCACCUGAUCAACUACCAAGAUGAUGCAGAACUGGCAACCCGCGCUAUACCAGAGCUCACCAAACUGCUCAACGAUGACGACCAGGUGGUGGUGAACAAAGCUGCACAGAUUGUAAACCAGCUAACACGGAAGGAUGCAUCACGCCGUGCUCUGAUGCAGUCACCACAGAUGGUGGCAGCUGUGGUGAGGGCCAUGCAGAACACCAGCGAUUUGGAGACUGCACGUGCCACAGCCAGCAUUCUGCACAAUUUAUCACACCAGCGUGAGGGUCUGCUGUCCAUCUUCAAAUCAGGAGGCAUUCCAGCUCUGGUUCGCAUGCUCAGCUCUCCAAUGGAGUCCGUGCUGUUUUAUGCCAUCACCACACUCCACAACCUGCUUUUACACCAGGAGGGAGCCAAGAUGGCUGUGCGUCUUGCGGAUGGUCUGCAAAGGAUGGUACCACUGCUAAAGAAGAGCAACCCCAAGUUUCUGGCAAUUACCACAGACUGCCUUCAGCUUCUGUCUUAUGGCAACCAGGAGAGCAAGUUGAUAAUCCUGGCUAACGGUGGUCCUGAGGGUCUGGUGCAGAUCAUGAGAAACAACAACUAUGAGAAGCUGCUGUGGACCACCAGCCGCGUGCUAAAAGUACUCUCUGUGUGUCCUAGCAACAAGCCGGCCAUCGUUGAGGCUGGUGGAAUGCAGGCUUUGGGGAAGCACAUCAAUAGCACUAGCCAGCGACUCACACAAAACUCUUUGUGGACUCUAAGGAACUUGUCUGAUGUUGCCACCAAACAGGAUGGUCUGGAGGGACUGCUGCAAGUCCUGAUUGGCCUCCUUUCCACAGACGACAUGAACAUGCUGUCAUGUGUCUCUGGCACCCUGUCAAAUCUGACUUGCAACAAUGGACGCAACAAGGCGUUUGUGACCCAGAGUAACGGAGUGGAGGCCCUGAUCCAUUCACUGCUGCGUUCAGGAGACAACCAAGAUGUGACUGAGCCGGCCACCUGCACACUUCGUCACCUCACCAGUCGCCACCCAGAUGCAGAACAGGCACAGAACGCUGUGCGCUUACACUACGGCAUCCCAGCUAUCGUCAAGCUUCUUAACAAACCCUACCACUGGCCUGUUGUUAAGUCUGUGGCUGGCCUGAUUAGAAACCUGGCACUGUGUGAUGCCAAUCAAGCACCUCUUAGAGAUGCGGAUGCCAUUUCCAAACUGGUUGCUCUGCUAAGAAGCGCCCACCAGGAUGCUCAGAAACACGGUUCAACCAGUCAGCAGACAUUCCAGGAUGGUGUAAGAAUGGAGGAGAUUGUGGAGGGCUGCACAGGAGCACUGCACAUCCUGGCCAGAGACCCCUAUAACAGAAAUAUGAUAGCUGAUUUAAACACCAUUCCACUGUUUGUGCAGCUGCUGUAUUCUCCGGUGGAUAACAUAAAGCGAGUGGCAGCUGGGGUUCUGUGUGAGCUGGCGCUGGAUAAACAAUCAGCCAUGGCAAUUGAUAAUGAGGGAGCAUCAUCUCCACUUAUGGAACUGCUGCACUCCAACAACGAGGGCAUUGCUACGUAUGCGGCUGCAGUGCUCUUCCGCAUUUCCGACGACAAGAGCGCCGACUACAAGAAGCAUGUGUCUGUGGAGCUCACCCACUCUCUCUUCAAACACGACCCUCAGUCAUGGGACAGGGCUCACCAGGGGACAUUAGACCUUGGUUAUGAUCAAGUAGCGGAAGGGUUUGGAUAUGAAGCUGGGCCAGACCAUCAAUAUUAUGAUGAUGAUCAACACUACCCUGAUGCUUACUAACAGGUUACUACAAUGGUGAAUUUGAGGAGUGGAACGGCUCUCUUGCGGCUAUUACUUCAGUUUGAGAAGUUACUGGCUGUAGUUGCAGCUGGAUUGCUGUGCUCACUGGCGCUGCACACACACUACUGUACUAUUUGCAACUAUCACUGUGUUGUGAGGGGUGGGAUUGCAUAUUACUUAAUACUGCCUACUGAUAACUGCAAUGGCACACUUUGACUUACCUUUGUAGAAAAUGUAUUUUAGGGUUCUUAUUGGGUGUAAACACAUUGGUGGCAAGAGGACUGGGAACCUGCCAAAGAGAUUUUAGAGUUAUAUUGAUAAUCAUGCUUUUACUACUAUGUUUUUACUACACUCUUGACUGUUAAAAUGCUGGCCACACUGAUUAAACAGGGCAGAUCAGCUGAGUUUGGACUUUCCACUUUGUUGUCAUGUAAUGGGCUGACAUUGGAUUUAAGGGAAUUACGAAUGCAAACUUUUUUUAUUUUGCUAUAAACAAGACAAAAAGGCAAAGCUGGAACUAAAGCAUUAGCACUGUGCUAUAUAGGACAAUAUAUCAAUGUUAACCCAUGUUUUUAAUAAUGCUAGAAUUGUGAUCAUGUUUUGACCUGCAGGAAAAAGUUUUAAUAAAAUAUUGAUAUCAAGUUGCAGAUUUAAUAACUUUAAUUCAUAGAAAUGUAACGGUGACUUUUUUUCCAUUGUGACCACAUAAAAGAUGAACAUCUUAAAUAAUUAUAUUUUAUACUGUCAUACCAUGCUUUUGGUUUUUUUUUUUUUAUCCAAUCACCUUGACUGCUGCAGCUUUAUAUACUGAGCUUGUUCAUACUUGUUUUUCUUACAACACUUUUAAAUGUUCUAAGAUGUAUAAAUAUUGUUUUAAAAGUUCAACUUCACACAAGUUUGAGAUUGUAUUUGCUUUUGCUUUUUACUACAUAUAAAUGUAAUGAUUGUAAAGGACAAGCACUAACAUGCCCAACAUUUAUGGAAUUCCUUUGCAUCAAAACAUUCAUUACAUUUAUAAUUAACAGAUUAAGGGAAUAGAGUGACAUACAGUUGUUAUAAUAGUGUUUCUAUAUCGAACUUUGUAACAAGAAAAUAAAACCAGUUACUAACUGAA